AUGAAUGGGGAGGUCCAGUCUGGUCGCAGAUCUUGUUCUGGGAGAAAUGAGAAUCCAGGAAGGCGCCGCAUUCAUUGGGCCCCAUGGAAUAUCGGGCUGGAACGACGUCUACAGACAUUUUUAGUCUUAUGUCACACACUCACAAUCGCCAUCUUUGUGACUAGCUUUUUCUUCACUUGCGCAAUCCCUUUAUUUUGGCCACUUCUCCUUCCGUACCUGGUCUAUAUCUCCUUAUUCUCUACAGCACCGACAUCCGGCGAACUGAAAGGUCGAAGUAACUUCUUACGGUCACUUCCCAUCUGGUCGAUCUAUGCAUCUUAUUUCCCUGCUCAACUCCAUCGAGAAGAGCCACUACCACCAACCAAGAAAUACAUCUUCGGAUAUCAUCCUCAUGGCAUCAUUUCACAUGGUGCUUUUGCUGCAUUCGGAACCGAAGCUCUGGGAUUCUCGAGACUGUUCCCUGGAAUCACCAAUACCCUAUUGACCUUGGACUCGAACUUCCGCAUUCCCUUCUAUCGAGAAUAUGCACUUGCAAUGGGUCUGGCUAGCGUCUCACGCGAAUCAUGUGAGAAUCUCCUGACUAAGGGUGGAGCGGAUAACGAGGGAAUGGGACGAGCAAUCACUAUUGUCAUCGGCGGAGCUCGGGAGUCUCUGAAUGCGCAACCCCACAGUUUACGGCUUGUGUUGAAAAGACGAAAGGGCUUUAUCAAAUUAGCCAUUCGUACCGGUGCGGACCUAGUUCCCGUGCUAGCCUUUGGCGAGAAUGAUCUGUACGAGCAGGUCCAUUCAGACCAACACCCACUCAUUCAUAAGCUUCAAAUGCUGAUCAAGCGAACUAUGGGAUUUACGAUCCCCUUGUUCCAUGCACGUGGAGUGUUCAACUACGAUGUUGGACUCAUGCCAUACCGCCGUCCAUUGAAUAUCGUGGUUGGACGACCAAUUCCGGUGAUGCAGCAGCAAAACCGCGACAAGAUCGAUGACACAUACAUCGAUGAACUUCAUUCAAAAUAUGUUGAGGAACUACAGCGAUUAUGGGACCGGUGGAAGGAUGUGUAUGCUAAGAAUAGAAUGGGCGAACUGGAAAUUACUGCGUGA